CUGAUUUGUGAUUUCUAAUUCAACUUAUUUUCUAUAUUUUACUCUAUGAGUUCUACCAAUUUCUGGUUUCUACUACUAUGCUCUGUCUACUUCUGCUACAGACGAAGAGUUGUAUAUUGUAAACAUAACCAUUACUUUCUUCUUUUAACCUCAAUUGUAUUGUAAUUGAGUCACGUGGACUCAAAACAUUCAUUAAUAAAUUAUUAUUGAUAUUGUGUGGACUUAUGUCAGCGUGCUUAGUAGCAGUUAAAAAUCAGGAGGCAACAAGUCCAUGCGAAAAAGACGGAAACAAAAAGAAGUCUAAAAAAAGAAAAUACGAAGAUCAAGCCACAAGUUUAGAGAAUUCUGAAUAUACGACAACAGAAUAUGCUGAUAACAAUGAAGAUGAAAACUUCAAAUUUACUAAAGAAAAGAAGAAGAAGAAAAAUAAAGUUAACCUGGAGGAAAACAAUGACCAGACUGAAAGCUGUAUAGAAGUUCUUGGCCGCAAAACCCGUUUAAAGCAAAUCGAGAAACCUUGCAAACGUAUUGAAAAUACAAAGUAUGAAACAGAAGAAUUCAUGAGCUUUAAUGAUAGAUCUAAUCAUGCAGAUGAGCCAAACUUCAAAACACAGACUAAAGAAGUAAAAUGUGAAAUAAAGCCAUAUCAGACUCAGUAUACAUCAAAUGAAAAGUACAUUAAGAUUCAUGUAAAUCCAGAAAAGGAGAUCUGCAAUAUUCCGAAACAAGUGAUAUGUACAGAAUACAGACUUGUUAUGGCAAAGCUGUCGGAACUCAAAAUAGUACCACCUGAAGUUAAAGUGGUUAUUAAAGAUGCGCUUUUCUAUCCUGAAGCGACACGGAAAAAACUCAAACAAUAUUAUAAAUCAAAGCAGUUUAAAACAUUGAUAUCUCCAAAAGAACAACAAGAAAUAGAGGUAGCCGUGAAAAAUUUAAACGAUCAACUGCAAUCAAAAAUAAGUAUGAUGAAUACAUUAGCUGAAAUGGAGGAGAGCACUGGUCAGCUAACACAGGAGUUAUCAAAGACACAGUUGGACAGUGGCAAGUCAAGCCAGAGUGAGUGUAAGGCUGAAAUGGAUCCUGCCAAAGUAGUGUUGUUAAAAAAAAUGUCAGAUGUGUUGCAAUCACUAAUAAGAAAUGAAAUAAAGGAUACAAAUUCUAGCAAGGAAUCUGCAAGUGAACAUUUAGAAAAUAAAGAACUAAAAUCCUCAAAAGAAAAAAGUGCUACUUCUAAAUCUACCCACUCUAAGAAUAAAAACACAUCAUCUAAAGAUAUUACCACACCAAAAAAAAGCGCAGCACAGCUUGCACUUGAAGAAAGGCUUUCAAGUUUAGCCGAGCAAAUGAAACUACUAACUGAAGGUAAAGUACCUUUAACAAAUAACACUGUAAAAUCUGGAGUAAAAAGAAUGGAAGACAGAAGACGUUUUGAAGAAGAGGGACCAAUGGGCUUUGGAAGAUGUAAAAGAGGAGCACCACAGAAUUCUGUAUUUCGUGGUGGCAAAGGAGGUUUCUUUUCUCACAGGAAUUCUCACCAAAGAGGAUAUGGAGGAACAAUCAGAGCUGCAAUGCCACAUGGUGGUUGGGGUGCUCUCCAGUCAUUUAGUAACAGUUUCGAAAAAAACUGCAAUGGUUUUAAUAAUUCAACAGGUCGAAACCAACCUUUUCGGAGUAAAGGCGGAUUUAGUGGUGGAAGAGAUUUUGGAGGACGAGGACGCAUCUCACAAAAUAACUUUGAUGCAAAACAGUAUGCCAAAAAAUGUAUGGCUGAAAAUAAAAUGCCUGAACUUAAUUUCAAUGGUGUAGAUUUAAAAAAUAUAAGUGGUUACGCAGCUAAAAUUUCAAGCUCCGGGACGUCGAAGACAGAGUUGAGUACUAGUACAAAAAGUUGACCUGCAAAAGAACUUGGCAAAUUUUAAUUGUAAUUAGUC